AACAAUUAUCAGAUUACUCACUUAAUAUUUCUGUGUAAUUUUGUGUAAAUUUGCAAAAUAAUUUAUCUAAAGCGUAGAGAAAUGCCAACCAACUAGUUACUAAACGUUUAAACUUGCAGCUUUUGUUCGUAUUAAUAGCAAAAUAUUAAUAUGGACAAAUCUAUUUUGAAUCAGUUCACAUCCUAUGUUGAGCAGCUACGCAAUACGGAAUGCAGUCAAAAAGAGAAGAUUACGUACUUCCAACAUAUUUCCGAGUGCAUUAUGUCGCCGGGGUUGGCGGGCCACAUAAACUAUGCCACCCACAUUAAUACGGCGACUACCGUGUUGCUGCUGUUUUGUGAGGAUCUGGAUCCUGUGGUGCGCAUGAAUGCGGAGGAAAAUCUGAAUCGCAUAUUUCGUGCACUGGAAAAAACACGUGUCAGUCGCAUACUAAUGGAUUUAUACGGCGAAAUAAAGCGCAAUGGCAACCAACGCUCGUUGCGCAUCUGUUUGAACUUAUUUGCUUACUAUGCCCCGCAAAUAAGAGAACGUAAUAUUAAAUGGUAUGCUGUACGUUUAUUGCCCUGCUUACAAACCAUCGCUCAACGUAAGGAGACGCAGCUUUGCGAGACGUUAUGUGAAUUUGUGAAAAAUUUUGGAAAAUAUUUGCAAAUGGGUUUGACGGACAGUGAAUCCUGUAAACUGUUUGAGGCUUUCAUGGCAAAUAUUGGCGUCGAGUGCGCGGUGAAACGUCGCUGCUCUGCGCAAAACUGCAUCAGUCUAAUUGAAAAUUCGCGCAAUAAGAGUUUGAUGGCCAAACAUGGACUAAGCAAGGCAUUUGAAUUUCUACUUGCCGACCAGCAACAACACAACGUGGUCGGUGUGCUCGGCUUCCUGCGCUUGCUGUUGCCAUUAAUCAUACAUGGAUUCAGCUCUGAUUGUCCGGACGAUUGCGAUGAUGGCCACAGCACACAAGCACACGCCGGAGUCAAUAAAGGCAGGGCAAACACAAGACCGACACCGACGAAGACAGGCGCAGGUGCAGGUGCAGGCGGUGCGCACACAACACAAGCCACUGUAACAACAACAACAACAACAACAACUGCAAUGCCAAUCAACACUGAGUGCAGGCAAAUUAUUGAAAUUUUCGAUUAUUGUUUGCAUUUGUUGAACAUCAGCAGUGCUUCUCAGCAUUCCAUCAUAAAUGCCGCACUUGAGGUCAUCAAUGCUGUGCUGCAGGCACUCGAAGCUGCUGCUGCUGCUGGCAACAACAACGGCCACCAAGGCAACGGCAACGGCAACAACAAUGAUAUUUUAAAAUGUUUGCAAGCAGCAUUGUGUAAUCAACAAUUGCAACAUGCCGAGUAUCUGCGGCGAAGGAAAUCAUUAAAGAAUCAAAUAUUCCAAUUGAGAAAUUACGAGGCGGCAGCCGCAGCAACGGUGGUGGUGUCGACACCUGCAUGGCAGCAGCGGCGUGGCGUUGCAAGCGAUUUUCAUGAAUUGACUGGAAAAGACGUUGAGUGCGAAGAUGAAGGUGAAGUUGUAUUGCGUCGAGCACCGAAUAUGCGCUUUACCGGGCGCAGCGUCAGUGAAUGUGUUAUUGACGAAGAUGAUGAUGAGACGCAUAGAACCGCAUUGUCAACAGAUUUAGUUGCCGUUGUGCAUACUGAUGUCGAUGCUGAUGCCGAUGCCGAUGCCAUUGGAAGAGCUAUCUAUGCCGAUGGCGUUGUCGGUGUGCUUGUCGAUGUGGAUGACGAUGACUUUACAACACUUUCGGAAAUAAAUGAACCACAACAGCUUAGGGCGUCGACGGCAGUUGCGAUGGCGCCGCCAUCCUAUGCACUCACAACAACAAUUGACGUUGAUAAUCUGAUUGAUGCAAUUGACGCGACAACAACAACGGCAACGGCAACGACGACGGAGGCCGCCACAAGCAGCAGCAGCACCAACACCAGAUGCGGCACCAGCAAUCGCAAUCGCACUGAUAUUGGCGCUGUGCAAACAAAAAUGCAAGGCAUGCAACCGCAAAACGAACAUCAACAGCAGCAACAACAAGGGCACAAUGAGCAGCAAUCUCUUGAAAGACAGGUAGAGCCGCAAAAUUUGCUUACUGCUCCCUCGCAAAUUGGUGCUGUCGGCUUCGCAGGUGUUGGCGUCGAUGCGGGUGGUAGCGGCAGCGGCAGCGGUGAUGACAAAUCACAACAUUUGAGUGACAUCGACAAUGAAUCCUUCAAUAGCAUUGAUUUUGAGGCGGAAAUCACCAUAGCGGGCAUGACGACGGGCGGCGCGGCGGGCACCAGUGCGUUUGGUUCGCCCACAAAAAGCAAUGCUGAGCUAACGACAACAACAACAAGCGGUAUAAGCGGUGAUACGGCGCCUGCUGGUGCGGCUGCAGCCGGCGACAACGCUGCCGGCAACAAAUUGAGCAGCAGCGGUGACACAAUUGGCUCGUUCUUCAACAAUUUGAUUUCGAAUGCAGCUUCUGAAUCGAUGAGCAAACUGUUUCGGCCGUCUUCAGUCGUACGUGCCACACCCACAAAAAGCGUGCCGCCCACCGCAAGCGAUAAAAGUGAUGUCGUCUCCACCGCGUCGGCGGCGACCAGUACGGCACCAGCGGAUAGCAUUUCAUUGAUAUCAACGGCAAGCAGUGGCAAUAAAGCGCUGGAUUCGGGUAACUCUGUGGCAGCUGAUCCGCAAUCCGACUCCGUGCACACAUACACACACUCGAUUGCCAGCUCCUCUUUGGGCAUGCAUGACGACACGGUGUCCACGGCAUUGUUGGUCGAUACAAGUUUGCAAAGCGUGAGCGAAUAUGACACGGAGCGGGCGCCUGCACAGGCUGAACCGAUGGGCAGGGAGCGACGCGUGCCAAAUGCAAACCCUUUCUUGAGUGACAAAACUUCGAUGGAACAGUCGGCUUUGGGUCAACAAUCGCAGCUCACUUUAAAAAUAGGGACACCCUUCGAGCAAUCCAUCGUACGCUACACGGCGCGCUUGAUAGCCGCACGUUUCCUGCUUGCAGGACAAGCAGGCGUUCUGUUGCAUGACACGCAAAUACGUAUCUCCAUCAAGAGUCUUUCGCUGUCGGUGCUGGCGCAUUGCGUACGCUUCGAUCCAGAGGUGUUGCAACUACCCUUGGAGAUAACCGCGCGUGAGUUGCUGGAUGUUAGCAAGCAGUCGCCCGCGCUUGGCGCAUCGGCGGUUAUACCAUCCUCUUCCAAAAGCUCGAGCGCCAGCGGCAGUCCGCAAAGCGACGACAAUGUCAGCGGCAGCAGCUCAAAUUUGGGCAAAGACUAUGAGCACUUGGAUGCAGUGGACUUCAUUAAAAGCAGCAGCACGCAACCCACAGUGGCAACAGCCGCUGCGACACUUAAUGAUUUGCCCGCUGAAUUGCAGCUGCUCGAAAUUAAGGACGAUCAUUUUGGCAAAAGCACUUGUGAUUACUUACUGCAUUCCACAACUGAGCUCAGUAAGAGUGCCGAUCCGGUGCUGAUGUCACAACAAAUGCGCGGCACACCCGGCAAACCGGCCACGAAGCACAUUCAACAGCCUUUAUCGAAGUCGGAAAUUAUUGCAACGAAAACGUCGCAGAAGCAGCCACCGCAACGCGCGCCAAAUCAGUCGCAGUCAUCGCCUUACCGCGUCACCGAAUCCAUGGAGGAUGCGCCACCACAAAUGCUGCCGCCGCGUCCGCCUAAGCGCACGAAAUCGCAGCGCAAAUCGAUUGCAGCCGCUACAGCCACGGUCACAGCUCUGAUGCAAAUUGAUGAGCAUUUCAGUAGACGACCUGCACCGGACGCACCUUCACAACAACCGCAACAAGUGACCGAUGCGCUGCUCUACUAUAAUCACAGCGAUCCCAUGUUGCGCGGUGGCGUACAGCAAAUUAUUGGUGGAUUUUUGCAAGCGAUGGGCGUGAAAGAUUUAGGCGCUAGCUUACAGUUGAAUGUGCAACAUCUAUUGGCGAUGCUUGUGAAGGGCCUGCAGGACGACAUACACACGGUGGUCAUACAGGCGUUGAAUGCAUUCGAGAAGAUAUUUCCGUAUGUGGUGUCCAAAUAUUUGAUAUUGCCGGCAGCGCAUCAUCAGCACAAGCAACAAAAACUGCAACAACAACAACAACAACAAACACAUGCCGGCAGCGCUCAAAGUACGGCAGCUGAAGCGGUUGAUAAGAGUGGCCGGAAAUGCCAUGCUAAUGCCGCUGGCCAAGUGCCACAACAGCAAGAACAACAACGCACUAACGAUGCAACAAAAUCUGGCUUCUACACACACGUUGACAGCAGCAGCAAAUCGCCAGCAAAUGCCACUGCUGCUAAGACAUGUCCUCGAACGCUUUUCAACGAUAAUGAUGCGCUUAUAGCUGCACUUUUGAAUGAUUUUCAAUUGCAAUCGAAAUCGAAUCGUAACGGCAACAACGACAACACCAACGACCAGCAUACAAAUGAUACUGCCACUCAGCCGCAGACGGCAGCCGUAGCAAGCAGCAGCAGCAAUACAACUGAUCCACUUGCACAGCCACUUCCGCUUCCGUUGGCCGCUUUGCGCAUUUCACCGAAAUUGCUGUUGAGCAAACUUCGUCUAUGUCAUUACAACAAAUAUUGGUUAGUUCAAAAUAAAUACGCCGAAGUUAUUUCGAAUUUAAAUUAUGCUGCCUUACAUGCGGCAUGCAACGAUUGCCAUGGCCACUGUUGUGGCACGGCGAUUGGCUGUGCAUGUGACAUUGGCGGCGGCGGCGGCGCUGAAGUGCUGGAAGAUGUCGGCGCCUUUGCUGUCAGUGGCUGCUGUGACGUCUUCGUUGCUGAUAACAAUACCGUUAAUGCCACAUUGCCUGGCGGCGGUGGCGCUGCCACUGCGUAUGCGUGUGGCGAGGAUAUGUCAUACAAGGAUUUGGACGAUAGUGUCUGCAUUUACGAGUCCCAAUUUUUGGAUGAACUUUUGCAAUUGAUCGGCAACGAUGAUUUCCGUGUCAGAGAAAACGCCGCGCUUUGCCUCUGCCGCUUCAUCAUGCGAAAUGCAAAACACAAGCAACAACAACAACAACUAUAUUCCAACAACCCAACAUGCAACUCGUCGAAUAAAAUUGAAAAUUCGGGCGUUGCGCCUUUCGGUUUUGGUUUUGAUGUUGCUGCUGGCAAUGCCGCGGGCGCUGUGGCGUCUGGUGACGACAAAUCGCUCUCGCCGGCCACCUAUGAGACUAAUUUCAAUUUGCUGUGGGAUUUUUUCGACUAUCGCCUGUUUAGCGGUCUGCCAUUGCCGUUACGUAAUUUAUUCAGAGCCACGUCAACGCCAACAUUGCCGGCGACGACAACUGCCACAGAAGUCACAACAGCAGCGGCUGCGUUGUCGCUCCAUAGUAACGGUGAUUUUUACGGCGCGCUGCCACAACGCCAUCGCGCGGAAGAGGAGAAAUUGUUGGCCAAAGUUUUGUAUCGUAUGACAAAUAAACUGAUGGAGCUCGAGGAUAAAAAUGCACAGUUCGGCAUAAUUUACACAUUGAAAAUGUUGCUGCAAGAUUUUAAUUUCAUUGAUUACCAGCGUGCAUGGACGGAAUUUAAUUUCAUUGAAAUCUGCCAGAGAUUCUCCUACCACAAUUAUGCCACGGCCGUGGACUUGGCUUGCCAGAAUGAUUUGAUUGAUGUUACCGGCAAACUAAUGGCAGGCUACAUGCUGGCCUCCACGUUAACCGUAGAUCAACCGGAACGCUCCCUGCAAUUACAAUUGGAUCAACUGUUGGUGCAUGUCAUGAAGAUACUCAACAUCUACUAUCAUUUGAUUACGCAACAGAAGCCCCAACUAUUUGUGAAAGUGCAGAAAAGCGAUCUGUUCGCCAAUGCGAAGGAAUUGGCGCUGGUGCAGAGCGUCGGAUAUUUCGGCAGCGAUUACAUUUAUAUAAAACUUUACAACAUUUUAAGAAGUGCUAAUGACAGCUACAAGAUAACGAUAAAUCAAGAAUCCGGCAGGUUAUUAAUUUCGCUACUCCGGACGUGCCUCAACACUUUGGGCUUGUGCAUUGAAUUGCGCGCCCACACCGCACCAACACCAACACCCGCCGGCACGCCCACCGGCCAUACGCCCAGCCAUGGGCGGCAGCGCGGCCACAGCCCCGGCAGCAGUGGCGCGGAUACUGCGUCCAACACUGGAGCUGGCGGCGGCGGCAGCAGCAGUGCUACGGCAGUCUUCCCAACCAACGCCACUCUAAAAUUAAUUGAAGAAAUUCUCCAGUAUUUGAGCAAACUCGUAAAUUAUGCGCCCGGCGAGUGCAUCGCAUGUCUGCGGCAACUGUUGAAAUAUUUAUUUGGCCAAAAUUAUGGCAACCAGCAGCGAGACUAUUAUGCCACAUUCAUAAGGCCGUAUUUUGUGGUGCGCAGCAAAGGACAACAGCUGCAACUACACCUACAGCAGCAGCGGAGUCCGCAGAAACAACAAAAGUGGCCAACACACAACAAACAACAACAGCAACACGCGCAGCAGGGAAGUAGCCGUAGAGGAAGCAACAGCAGUAAGUUCACGCAAGCCAGUGGCGAUCACCAGCAGGCAAUGACUAUGUUGCAUGCCAUAAAUUCCGCUGCUGCAACAACUUUGGCUUCCACCGCCGCAGCUGGAGGAGUUCCGAGAUCAAUGGCAACAACAAGUGAUGGCUCAGCCAGCGCGCUGAAGGGCGCAGCAGGCGCUGGUUUGUCGACCCCGACAAUGACUACGUCAACUGUCAGACACAAUGAGCCAAAUGUAAUUGGUGCACAAGCAAAAGCGACUUAUGCCAACCGUGGUCAGGCGCUCAUUGACUCCGGUCAUGCCAGUGGCGUUGUGAGUGUUGCAGCUGUUGCAGCUGGUGGCAACGACCACAAUCAACCGCACUUGUCGGCUACGGAGUAUUAUCGUUUGAUGGGCGAAUUAUUUGCGAGCGGCCUAAAUUUGCAAGCUGCCAAGUCGGAGCGUGCCGGCGACUGUGUAAAGCAUAUUAAACUGUUUGAGCCGCUGGUAAUCUAUUGUCUCAUGCUUUUCCUCAAAUCGAAUGCCCGUGUCCAGGCGCCCAUAUUGGAGUUGUUGUCACAGUUGCUGGAACUCAAUGUCACUUACAGUGUGUUGGACUCGAAAAAUGUAAUAUUUGAUCAGAUUUUAAACAAUUUGGAUUUAAUUGAAAAUGGCAUCGUCAGAAAUGGCCCGGUCAUCAUUCCGCCAAUGAUUAAAUUCCUCAUACAGUUGACACACAAGAGCGAUCGCAAACUUAUAACGAUACCGAAAAUCAUCAGCAUCACCAACAACUUACUGGCCAACAAUGCGGUGCUCGACUGCGCUGUGCUCGCGCUCAAAUCGCUCUCCUACGAGAUCUUCUUCAUGCCGCCCGUCGGUGGCAGUGCCGCACUCAACACGUUAGCCGACUAUCGGGCACCCUUCCAAAGUCCGGUUACACGUUCGCCGGUACAACAACGUCGGCAUGCUGCUGAGGAGUCGGCCGCCGCUGCUGCCGCGGCUGAAGCGCUUUUGGCGAAUAGUCGAGAGUUGGAUACACAGAAGGAGGUGGUGUUGGGCAUGUUGGAGAAAUUCGUGGAUGCCACUGAGUUGCAGCAUGUUGUAGCUUUGUUGUUGUUACGCGAACGUUGUGCCCAGCAAAUGGACGGUGGCGCUUUUGCGCGAAGCAUGGAAGGUGGUGAUGCCUCUGCGGUGGAGCGGCAGAAAAGUAGUUGCAUUUUGGAAUCAACGCGGUUGCAAGAUCCCGGCGUGGUUUAUGCUCUGAUUUGUCGCGCCAUGUGUGAUGGACGUUUGGGCGUGCACAACUGGCGAGACUUUUACACACUGGAGUCGUGUUUCAAGAACUACAGCAAAUAUGUGCUGGCGGAUAGCAAGAAUUUUCUGGCUUUGUUGCAACUAUUAUUAAGUGAGGGCGUGGAGUGCUUUUCCGCCUUGGCGCAUGCAACGAUCAUACUGGCGAAUGUAAUACUUAAAACUGAGGAAAUUUAUUUAGUAAAUCACAUCAAACUUUAUUUGAAAAACCAUCCGGCGGUGGAGGAGCAGGAGCGCCAACGCGCGCACAAGCAACGCAUGCAGCAGCAGCAACAACAGCAACAGCGCGCGGCGCUCUGGCUGCUGGACGGCCCGUCGACAUCUUCAGCAGCGGCGCGUGCAGCCGCCACCGCGCUCAGCGCCACAGCAGGCGACGCGGGUGCGGGUGCGUGUGCGGCGUCGAGUGCUGGCAUAAGUGAAAUUAACUAUUUCGCAAAAGUUUUAUGCGAGAAGCUGGAGCAUUGCUUUGAUGCUGUCGCCGGCGCUGGAGCUGGUGCUGGUGCUGGCAUUGACAACUCGCCGCUCCGUGUCGAUACGGCCUACUGUCAGUUGGUGUGCCGUUUCGUUGCCGCUUUGCAUGAGGUCUGCUGUCGGUCGCGUCACAAGGACGCGCUGCAAUCAGUUUUUCGUUUGGUCUUGGCCGAAUCAGCUUUGCUCGAUAAGUACUGUAAUUUCCUGACGAUGGAUCAGUGGCGAAAGGCUACGAAUGUCGACGGGCACGUGGGUGCAGGCGCUGGCUAUGAUGGUCAUGAGGCCAGUGUUGUUGUCGAUGAAUGUUGCAGGACGGUGUCGUUGGGGCAGGCGCUGCAGCUGCAGCUGGAAGUCUUGAAACUUUUGUCGGCCAUGAAAUUGUUAGAUCCGGUGGUGAUGUUGCAAUUGCUAAAGCAACAAAAACAAAACGCAUUACAACAACAACAACAACAGCAUGCACAGCAAAUGGCAACAAAUAAGGAGCGACUGAAGUGGUACGACAACAUGCAGCGGACACUUCUGAGUGAAAUUUGCCAGCAAAAUCCGUAUGCGCGCGACUGGUCAACGCAACAAGUGCGCCAACUGCUGGACUUGGGCGGUGCAACGUUUCUGAAUUUCCUAAUUACGGAGAAUUUCGAAUUAAUCAGCGAUUUGUGUGAAGUGGCCGCUGCGCAGGCGACGCACGAAGCGGCUAGCGAAUUGGACGCAUUAUGGUUGAAUGCGUUGCUGCAACAUGCCAGCGCGCUCAACAAGCACUCGAUACGCGCGCUGCCGCCUCUAUUGCUGCGCUUAUGCAACGCCUCAAGGACCUCCGUUACCGGUUGUAAUCUCCAAAUGGCGCUACUUAGCCUACAACUAUUGCAGCGCUUACAUGCGCGCCACAACAAUGCGCGCGCUUUGCAAGUGCGUUUGGAGCGUUUAGCGCGUCGCCUUGUAUUUAGCUGCAGCGCCGCGCCACUCCAGCGUCAGCAGUUAGUGCAGCAAUUGACGGAAUUGGCUGGGGAUCGACUAACGGCGAUUGGCACUAACAACUCAUCAACGACUUUCUGGCAGCAGUUGUUGUUGGACACUCAAGAAUGCAAACCGGCUGCUCAACCAUUAGCAUCGCUGGCGAAGGAGCAACAGCAGCAGCAGCAGCUUCAGCAGCGCAUAAUUGACGAGAAGUGGCUGUUGAGCCAGUUAAUUAAAUUCUCCGCACAAUCGGACUAUGGCGCUCAGCAACUAUCGCGCAUUCUACUGGAGAUACAAUCCGAGCAAAAACUCUAUAAAAUAUUCAACAGCAGCGAGUUCGCGGUGGCGCGAGUGUUGCGGCAUGCAAUUGCUAGCUCAAUGCAAGCGAUGCUGGCCGCCUUCCGCAACAAUUGCAUACAACAUAAUCCACAUAUACACUACAUGCAACCGAAUCCAUUAGUGCGCGUUACGCUGGCCGUCUUGAUGACACGUAUUAGCGAGGAAAUUGCCGCACCAGGCAACCGAAGCUGCGACUUACACAUACCAAUUACGGCAACACUGGGCGGAGGUGUUACCACGGAGGCGGUGCCGACAAGCAGCGAAACCCAGGCGCAUGUGGCAAGUGGCGAUGGUUUUUACCUGUGCGCCAGUGUGGUCACACUGUUGGAGCAUGUAAAGAAAGUGGAGGACACGGCGCUGCUCUACAUCGAGUCCAGAUUCAUUGAUAAGUUUGUGCGUGAGCAACUCUUGCGACACGAACAUGUGGCAACACUGUUAGGCUUCUUGAAUUGGUGUUGCCUCCAAGCGCAGCAACUGCUGCAGCGGCAGGAGGAACAAAAAUGUCAACAACAACAAUUUACGCUUGCACUGUUGCAAUGUAUUGCGGCGUUGUUGCAACAGCGCUUCAUCUGGAUGGAACUUAAUCAAAUGGAAAAGCCAAGUACCGCACCGACAACAACAGCAACGGCGGAUGGCAGCGCCGCUACGGCCGCGUCGAAUUCCAACACUGCUGGCAGCCUAUUGUCGCCUCCACAACGCAAUUUGUUGUUGUGCCGUGUGCUGGACGUCUUGGUGUUGGCCGCCAGGCAGUCGCUGCAACACACCAUCUUCUACAAGCAUUACAAGCAACAAGCGCUGUUGGUCGACGGCAGCGGAAGUGCCGAUGGCGUCGCAAGCAUGGACAGUGAACAGCAGAAUAUCUUCAAUGCUUUGUCUGCGGCAGCGGCUGUCACGGCGCUGGAGGGCGCUUUGCAAACAAAAGACAGCGAAGCGGAAGUCAAUGAUGUUGCCGUCGGACGUCUGUUGCAAGCGUAUGCACCACAGGCUGUUUUUAUGGCGAAACUGAUAGAGAUGCGCGCGGCGGAGACGACGAGUGGCGCGGCACAUCUCUCAGCCGCCUAUCUGACGGGUGGCGCAGGUAACGGUGUCUGCUCGUUGGGCAGCGCUGGUGGUGCGUUGAGUGGUGGUGGCAGCAGCGGCCUGGGUAUGUCCUCAGGUGCGACGGGUGCCGUUGGUGUUGGUGCAACGGGCGGUGUACGUGCGGAGUUCGACAAUGGCUGCAAUGCGGGUGGCACCCACACACCAAUGCACCUUUUGUCCAUGAUUGGUGUUGCGGUGUUGCGCACGCAUCAGUUUUAUGCUUAUGCCGUGACACCGUUCGAAAUAAUACAGCAACAACAACGCGAAUUGCGUAUCGAACAAUUGUCACCUGCCAAGCGCGCUGGCCAACCGUCACAAACAACAACCUCGGCGGCCGCCACGGCAGCAGCUUCGAGUGGCAAGCUGCCAACGAUUCCCGUGGAGAGUCUCAGUGAUGUGGAUGUGCUAAGGAAAUUCGUGAAGAGAUUAUCAAUUUUUGGCUUUACCACACGUCAACAAUUCGAGGAGUACUUUAUGACAUUCCUGCUAUUAAUCAAUAAAGUUUACGACGAGAAUAUGGUUGACGAGCAGGAGCAAUUUCAAAUAAGAUCCACAUGCUUGGAAGCGAUUUUGGAACUUUUAAUUACAUAUAAAACUUUUCCAAUUGUGGGUAAUAAACUUUCGCAUUUUCAUCAUACGACACGGUGGACUCGCAUUAAUUGCGACAGCAUUAGCUUGAAAAAAUUACACAAAGUGCAGCUACUCGUCUCCGAGGCGAACAUCUUCUAUCAUCCGAACUUGGAGCGUCAACUGCGCGCUGACUACGAGGCGCACACCAACUGUAGCAGCUUCGCGUGCCGCCUGCGUGACAGCGUCAUUGGCACUCACCAAUUUCGAGUCAAUCAAUAUGAUUUGAAUUUUAUGUGGCAACAAAUGGAGGCGUACGCACAAUACACCGCCAACAGCAGCGCGCCGGAUGCGGAACUGCCGAGCGCGAGCGAAAUUGGCGCCAGCACAGCGCAGCGCGCAAAGCGCGGUACAGGCGGCGGCGGCGGUGCGAGGGAUAGCGAAGAUGUGGCAACGAAGAAUUACCGCUACUUCACGGCGCAGUCAGGCGUGGAUUUCAAGAGCAGCACGCAGCUGAUUUUCGAUGUGCUAAUGCAGAUAAUUGAGCACAAUCACAUUUUGGUCUUACCAAAUCUGGUGAAAUUCACUGAAAUUUGCGAGAGUCGUGAUCAAAUCAAAUGGAUUAAGGAUAAAGCUUUAAAAUUGCAGGAGACUAUACCAAUGGACGACACCAUUUCACAUCAGCACUUAAUCUACUUACUGUGCAAAACGCAAGCCAUGCUGAUACCCACCAUCGGUGAAUUGCAACAAUUGUGCCAGCUCAUUGGCAAUUAUUUGAAGAGUUCGCACAUCUUCAUACGAAAUGCAACGCUGGCCGGUCUGCUCUGCCUGCUCGAGUGCUGUUCGAAGACCAACACCACCAUCGGCCGCUUGAGCGACGAGUUGACGUUGCUGCGCGACCUGAUUGUGGGCUACAUCAAUCGUCAUGGGAUUAUCGAUGUUAGCGCAAUGCAAUGCAGCGACACACAUACAAAACUGGUUUGGACUCUCAAUUAUUGUCUCAUCGAAUGGACAUCGAAAUUCGUGCCACAAUGUCACCUGCUGUCGAAUACAGUAAUUGCAGCUGGUAAUUUCCUGAGGAAGACCAAUAAUGAGGAUGUCUACUUGUGUGUUUUGCAUGGUCUCGAACGCAUGGUGGUCAUUAGUAAUACCGGUAAUAGUGGCAUGAGCACAUCAUCAGGCGCGUCGGCUGCCGCUAGUGCCACUGUUUCACCAGCUGUCGGUAUAGUGACGCCGAUGUUGCGCAACAAAAUCGAAAAAUUAGCAUUGGAAUUGGUUAAGCUGGAGAAUGAGCGAUUCUCAAUACCGGCACUGCAGCUGCUGCUCACCUGCAUGUAUGUGGGUUCAGCCAAGCAACUGGAAAAUACGGAACUCUCCAACGGCAUUGUCCAAGACGAACCGGAGAUAAUCGCCCAACAGACCGAUAAAGUCGAUAUACUGCUACAUUGUAUUAAAUCAUCAACGCGUGAUGCCGCCUGGAUUUAUGGACAAGUGUUGUGCCAAAUUAUACGUGAUUUAGUGCCACCGAAUGAAAUAUUGACGAAGGUCAUAAAAGAGUUUCUCGCCAUAAAUCAACCGCAUUGUGAUGUUAUUGCAAUGAUUGUGUAUCAGGUUUUCCGUUGCGCCAUCGAUUCGACAUUCCUGCAAGUGCUGCAAGACUGGCUCAUAUGCUCGCUGCCCACAUUCCUGGCCUUACCUGAACAAAAAGCUGUCUGGUGUCUGAGCGUCAUCUUUUUAUCCGCUUCCAUAAAUCUGCAUUUGAUUAAACUAUUUCCGGUGUUGCUGAGCACCGGUGCGGCAGCAGCUGCCACAGCAGCACCAACAACUGGCGGCGGCGGCGGCGACGGCGGUGCAGGAGUUGCAGGCGCUGGUGGAGGCACGAUUGGAGGCGUUAGUAAUCUUGAUGCUUCAACGGCAGCUGCUCUUACGCUCGGUGCUGGCGAUGGUGCGGCUGCUGGUGGUGCGGGUGCUGGCGCUGUUGGUGAAUUCCAUAAAUUGGGUCAACAUGAAAUUGCUUUGUUCGUGACAGCUGCCGUAGAUUUUCAUGCGAAUUUGAGUGCGGAGCAGCGGCUGCGUUUCCGUGAUGCCUUUGAGAAAUGCGCACAGCGGCAAACGGUUUAUGCUCAGCUGUUGCAGAGUCUCUGAUUUAGUCACGCAUAGGGUCAGCAGCGGCAAUGAAAUCAACCAAUACACCAUUGCUAUUGUUGUUAUUGUUAUUGCUGUUGUCAUUAUCGUCAUCAUUGUAGCCGUAAUAUGCGUAUUAGUUGGGCGCUGUUGCCGGUGUGGCAAGCAGCUUAAAUGCGCUGCGACACGGGAGUCGUUGCAAAUUUGUGUGUGUGUUUAUGUAUUAUGCGUAUAAUUGUGUGUGUGCGUGUGGUCUGUAAAUGAAGUCCAUCUCUCGUCGUCAUGUUGCUGGCAGCCUUCGCAGCAGGUUUAAUUUAAUGGUCAAUGUAACGGUGAACCACCUACAUAUACUCUCAUAGCAAAGCACAGCGUUGUCAUUAAGCGUAAAGUGUACACAGGUAAUAUAAUUUGUUGUUGCUUUUGUUUCAAGUCGUUGCUCGUUAAUACUGUGUGGCGCAGAGUUGGUUUAUGAAAUGAGUUUUGAGGUUAGAAAACUGCAUUGGAUUGCAAAAUUAUGAAAUGUAUCAAAAUAAUGUAAGAAAUAGUAUUUUUCGCUUGUGAUUUUCUGAUGGAUAAAAGAAAAAUGUUAUUAAAAAAAAAAAAUAUUAUUAAAAAAAAAUAAAAUAUUAUUAAAAUAAAAAAUAAAAUAUUAUUAAAAAAAUAUAUAUAUUAUUAAACAAAAAUAUAAUUAUUAAAAAAAAUAUUAUUUAAAAUUUGAAAAGAAUUUAAACGAUUAAAAUGUAAUUUAAAAAAUUUGAAUAAAAUUAAAAAUUUGUAUCCUAAAUUACCUACCCCGUCUUCUUCUAACUAUACAUUAUCACCAAAAAAUUAUUAUGACAGCAGAAGAUUGGAAAUUAAUUCCACAGUUCAUUGCUCAGCAUUUUGCUAAUUGAACUGAAUAUAAUCUUCCUUAAUUGUACUCAAUUUAGCACAUAAUAAAAAAUUAAUUAAUUGCGCCAUUAAUAUUUAUUGAGUUGUCAAUUAAUGGAUAUAAAAACCUGAUUCAAAAUAGAACACCAUUUUGACAGCUGUCAAAUACUAAUUAUUUAAGGGGUCUACAAAAUAUUUCUUCCAAGGAAAAAAAAUCGCAAAAGCAUAAAAAUAAGAAAGGAAUACGGCAGCGCGUUACCAACCACACUUCUAAUGCAGCAAUUAAGGUGCCUAAUUGUACUCAAUUUACUACAUAAUGAGCUAAUUAGUUGGCAAUUAAUCAAACACUAAUUGCGUAAUUAGUUUAUUGGCUCAUUGUCUGGUAUACAAACCUGAUUCAAAAUGCAACACCAUUUUGACAGCUGUCAAAUGCUAAUUGCUUACGGAUUUUAAGUCAGUCUAGCGCCUUCUCCAACAAGCCCCAACUAAAGCUAUUUAUUCUGAGAGUAAGGAAAAAGUUAUGAAAGCUCUCCUCAAAAGGUUAAAUUUUCAAUUAGAAAAUAAAAUCAAAGGCAGUUUACGUUGUAACAUUACCUCGAAGCUACUGUUAAGAUGUCAAGUGGAUAGAGAAAUAUACUGACCCGAACGCUUCAGCAUUCCUUGUACAAAUCGCUGUACAACGAUUUAUUUUUUAACUAUUCUGGCAAUUGAAUAAUCGUUUUAGUAUCCCAAAAGUUACAAGUUCACAAAAAAAAAUAUAUAAAAUUUCCAAACUCGCCUAAACUCUUUACCUUAAUUGGCUGUGUUUAAGCACUAAAUAUAAGUCAAUUUAUAUCUCAAUUAGGCAACUAAUGGACCUAUUUUAACAUUUUAUUAGAGUAUUCGAUAUUGACAAGAAUUAAGUAAGAUUGUUUGACAAGAAAAAGUAGUGAGAGUGCCUCUUUUUUACGAUUUGAAAAUACGUGAAAUGUCAGUUCCUAGCUCCUGUUAAUGUCUUCCUCUAAGUAGAUCUACUCAUCCUACAGUUGUAAUGUAAGCAUCUUGGUUGUAGAUUUGGCUUCAAUCUUGACCUUCGGAUACGGUAUGGUGAUAGGGUCUUCGCUGGAUAUGAGUAAAUUUUUAUUGUUUAUAAUGCCAUUGAUCUCCAUUUAGCAGUUAUUGUAAUGAAUUACGGCUGAUCUUUCUGUAGUGUGAGUUGUGUGACAUCUUGCUCGUUGACUCUGCGUUAAUUUGCCGAUACAAGUGGGGUUCUGGGCUUGUUUCAUCCAGUGUUGGUUUGUUGCAGCUGCAUAUGCUCUCUGCUAUUGGGCAUGACUAAUCCAAAUAUUGGCUAUUUUGCUCAUUAUUUGAUAUAUAGUAUGCGGUUGUGCUAUGAUUUUUUUCGUGUUGUUGAUUGAGAGGGGUAUGAUGUGGUAGAACUUCAGAGAGUUCGUCAAUUAAAGUGUGUGAGUGUAUUACGGGUAUUCUAAUGUUGAAUAUUAUGUUUGUGUCGUUGUUGUAUGCUUGUAGAUCCAAAAAUUCUUCAGUGCAUUCCUCGCAUCUAAUUUGAAUUGAUUGUUUUUUAAAAUGUUCACAGUUCUCCUGGAUUCGGGACUCAGACUUUGUUUUAGGAUUAUAUUUAAUUUGGCCAAUGAUAUGGCUUCCGAAAUAAUAGUCAGUUGGCUAGUAAGAAGUUCAAUGUUAUAUUUAUUCCGGUUGAGUUAUUGUGCUUCCAUUAGUAGUUCCUUAUCUGCCUUAACUUUAUUCGCAGGUGUUUUAAGAUUAUUUUGUUAUUGUGUCUUGUUCUUCAUUUAUUUGUGUAGUUAUGUUCUUAAAUCUUUCAAACAUUCUUAAUUUUAGCAGUCUCGGUUUAGUUAGUUAGUUCGGUGGUUUUAUGUUGUAAUUCGAGGAUUUCAUUGUUAAUGUUAUCAGCGUCGUUUGCGUCCACGUUGCCAGUGAUAAAUUUUGCUCGGGUACCUAUUUCAUUAAAAAGUCAAAAAGUUUUUUGGUGUAAGUGUGGCCUUUUUUUCAAUCCAUCUAGUUUUAGUUGUGUGUCUUUCAUAGUGUUAGUCAGUGUUAUGUGUCUUCUGAAUGUGUCCAGUGUCAGUGAAAUUCUUCUAAUGUCUUCGUCAUAAUCUGCUGCGUUGACUAUAAGUAUUAGGUUUUUGUGUCCUACUUUCGUCUUUGCUGUGUUGAGUUGUUGUUUUCUUAACAGUAUGUCUUUGGUUGUUCCGGUGACACUUGCUGACUCUCUUCUGAAAUAAGUUGUAGGUUAAAUUCAUUUAACGGUUUCUCCGAAAUGUCAAUUCCGUCAUCUAAAUUCUCUUCUGCGUAGUGUAUAGUGAUACUUUGGGUUCUCUGAAUUGAGACCGCGUCGUUAACAAAUAUCUCCACUUCAGGAUCUAUUAUUAUUCUACUCAGGUCACCCACAUUCGUAUUGAUUUUUUCUUAUUUUAAAUGAUCUCAAGAUCCAACUUUUCUAACUGAAGUCUUCUUUUAACGAGUUUUGGAAUUUGGCUCUUUCAUUCUCAUUAGCCAGGUGAGAGGCCGGUCGUCUGUAACUAUCUUGAACCUGCGGUCAAAUGGGUGGAGUUUCAAGUACUUAGUCGCCCAAACUAUCUCAAGCAAUUCUUUUUCCAUACUGCUGUAGUUACUUCCAUGUUUGUUUAGCUUUCUGUUUGCAUAGCAUAUCGGCUUAACGCUGCUAGUUGUUCCCUGUGAUAGGACUGCGUCUAAGGCUACGUUGCUUGCAUCGGAUAUGAUUUCUUUACGGCUACGAUUUUAUAGCGGCUAGGUCUUAAACCUGCCGUUGAAACUAAAUGUCCCAAGAAUGAAAUUUCCUUCGUUAGAAACUCAGUUUUGUCAAUUUGAAUUGUAAAUUUCGGAUAUGUUCUUGAAUUGCAGUGGUUGAGUCCCUACUAAGUUCUCAUUGUUAUAUUCUUGGAAGUUUCCUUCCAGAAACGAGUAAAAGGCUUGGUCUUUCUUUGUAAAAUUCAUAAUUUUAAGGGAGCUAAACCAGUUUAGUUAGCAGAGUAGAGUAUAAGCCUUCUGAAACUAUAACGCAUGGUGUGAGCCGUAUUGAUGUUAUGGAGAUAUACUGGCAGCCUUACAAAUUGCAUACUAUUUAGCUUAGUAUUUAUCUGCAUUUGCUCAUCAAUGAAUUCCGGACUAAUGAAUGAGGACGAAACCCCUGUGUCUAUCAAAAAUCUAACUGACCUUCCUAUAAGUUGCUGGAUUUUAAUUAAAGGUAAAGUGUAACCGUGGGUGUUGAUAUCUACGAGGUGUGUUCAAAAAGUAUCGCGAAUUUUGAAUUUUCGCGGGUUACGUAUAUUCGAAUUUCGAAUUUUUUGUGACGUUAUGAUGGUACUCAUGGCUCUCACUUAUGCCGACAAGCUCGGCCAUUUUGAAUGUUCGUUUAAUUGUUGAAAGCUGCUUUGCUUGCACGUGUUUUGGAUCGUCUUCGAUUUUUAUUUAUUUUUAUUCCAAAAUUUGUGGAAGAACAAAAAUUGGCUUUUGCACCACGAUAACGCCCCUGCUCACACUUUUUGCCCAAAAACAACACACUAAUGAUGCCGCAGCCACAGUAUUCCCCAGAUCUGGCCCCCUCUGACUUUUUCUUGUUCCCUAAACUGAAGAGGCCCAUGAAAGGACGACGUUCCGCAUCUGUUGACGAGAUAAAGACGGCAUCGAAUGAGGAGCUGAAGAAGAUAAAGAAAAAUGAUUUUUUGAAGUGCUUCGAAGAUUGGAAAAACCGUUGACACAAGUGUAUAAUAUCUCAUGGGGAUUACUUUGAAGGGGACAAAAUAGAUAUUCAUGAAUAAAUAAAUAAUUUUUUAAACAAACACAAAAUUUACGAUACUUUUUGAACACACCUCGUAGGUACCUUUUAGGGACCAGUGUGCUGUAUGAAAAUUUUCAAAAUCAUUUAGUAUCUCGUGAUCUCCAUCUUUAUCUCUAUCUAUUUAUGUCGUCUUGGUCAUCGAGUUGGUCAAUGUUGUAAAACUCUCGUUGAUUUUGGCUGCCGAAUGCCGAUCUUGAGCUCUGGUAGGUUGUCCGGGAUGCAGUUGAGUUCCUCUUGAGACCCGUCUCCAUGGGCUCGUUCCUGCUCAUUCCAGAAGUGGUAUUUAUUAGUUCUGGCAUAGGCGAAAUGUCUUUAUUAAAUGGAUUGGAAGAUUGUUUGCUCCUACCCAGACGUCUUACGUGUGCGCUCACUGUAAAUUUAGCUUAUCGUUGCGUCUCCAAAGGUUGGGAGUGCACUGACGUGAUCUAUUCUGGUGGAAGUAGCAUGUAUAGCACCUAAAAUUCCUAGGGUAGGGAGUUAACUGAGGCUUGUAGUUAACCUACAAUGCCGAUCUACUACUACUACUGCUGUAUUUCGGCGUUUUGGUAAAAUAUAUUUUGCUGCUUUGUAAAAAAUGUAAGUGCGUUUGCCAACGUUCUAGGCCUAAUAGCCUAUCGGUUCCCUAAAACCUGUGAGAAAAGCGUUUAAAUACAUUUCUGCAUACAAUUCUGAUUUUGUCACGACGAAACUUUUUUCUUUCAUUUAUUAGCACAUUGUUACUCAGGGUUGAUUGAAAUGCUAUCAGCGACAUGUGUACUAUAUAAUUAAAGCACUUGAAGAUACUGAUGAAAAGUAGUGAGGGUUUUCCGUAAUUACUCUAGAUUACUUAAGUUUAGAUAUUUGCCUGAAAUAAACACCACAUCCAAGGUUUUGAAGCAACAGACUAAAAAUUUAAGUAAGCGAAAAACAUCUUCCGUUGCGUAAUACAUUUCCACGCUGUCCAAAUAACGCCCACACAUAUUCCCAGUAUUGACCGUCUUCCGUUAUUUUAAUUUCUGCGCUGCGUACUUCUAAAUAUUAUAUUUAAGUUUCGUUUAAUUGCGAGUGAUGAGAUUCGUCACGCAAAACUGCCAAAAACAGCAAGAAAGAAAGCAACGAGCAUCAGUAUGCCAGCAUACCGACAGCACCGCCGCUCGGCUAAAACUCGUAUUUACAGCUAGUAAAUGGUAACAUCUUUCGCAACGAACGCAAAGACGCACACACACGAACACCCGCAGUCCUCAAAUAUUCUCCACAACUUUGGCGAACUUUUUUUCCUGAUACGCUCUACUUGUUGUUGCUGCGGCCACAAGUUGAGUGAAAAGCAAAAGUUGCUGCACACAUUUUUACCCACCUCGAGCGCCCGCUGCCAUUCCCACUGCUAUUUGGAAAUUGUCUAAGAUAAAGACAAGCGUGAAUAACUAAUUGCCAAGAUUGGCAGCAGCAGCAGCAGCAACGGCACUAGUGGAACUUACGCUGGACGACGACAGCUGAGCCUACAGUUAUGUAAAUAGAUUUAGGCGUACUAUAUAUUGUAUGUAAGAGGUAGUUUAGCUGCGAUGCUGUGGGACUGUGCGCCAACCACUUGGCCUACACUCAUCAACCAAGUCUUGCCAACAAGCGGGAGAACAAGCGGCAACCAAAGCUUGAGCCAUCAUAACUCCAAACUGCUUACCAUCACAACCACCUAGCGCGCACCGCCAACGGCAGCAGAAAUCAAGAAUCCGCAACCCAACGUCCCCAGCAAUUGUCCGCAAUUUGAAGUCCUCGAAUGUCGCCAACUCGCCGCAAUGGACGUCUUGACUGCGUGAAUAAAUGAAUGACUGCGCACAAAGCGUAAGCGCGGGCGAAAGCUUUGAUGACUGGGCUGCCCGCAGCAUCGCCUCACACCGCGGAACUCUGUCUCCGCGCUGGUAGUAUGUCUCUGUGCUGGUAGUAUGAGGUGUCUCUCUGUACUCGUAGCUCCCCCGCUGCGCUCCAAAUCUCGUCUUUGCGCUUGGAAGCUGCUGAAUUAACUGCGCUGAGCCGUUGCAUAUUGCGCCGCGUAAGCGCCAGCGUCUUGGCACUCGUCACAACGUCUGUCAAUGCGAAUGAUAAAAGUUUUUAAUAUUUCGCUCUUUCCUUUCGUUGUUUUUGUUAGUUAAGAAUUAAAAUUAAUUUAUGUCAUACGUAUGUAUUUAGGUCUGUCUCCAAGUGCCGCUAUGUAUAAUUAUAUAUAUCAAUGCGCUGUGUAACUAAUAUUAAAAUUGUGAAUUGUAAAGCGAGUGCAACACGGAGCGCGCGGUAGCGCGCAAGGAAGGCAGCGUAAAAUAUAAUGAUUAGCAAGUUUUUAGUUGCGUGCGCCAAGUGGCGGACGGGAGCGCGCGGCUGCGGUUGCGGCGUGUGGCUGUGUGAAUGCGCCGUUGGCAGCACUUGAGUGAAAUCAAAAAACUUUCGCAAAAUUGUUAUUUGCCUAAUAAGAAAGCUCGCCGCAGCCGAGUGACCUCGGUUGCGGAUGGAAGUUGAUUUAGUUUUUGCGGUUUGUCAAAGUAGUUAGUGUGAAUGGGUUUUUGUUUGCUUAAAGAUAACAAAUUGGAACUGAAUGGGCUUUAGAAAAUUUCUCAAAGCAAUCCAAGAAGAAAGACAGUAAUAGACAUUCAAAUACGUAAACAUAAAUUUACGAUAAAUGUAAGAAGAAAGCAGUAAGAAGAGAAGCAGUGGUCUGUGUAUUUGUUACUACGUGAUAAUAAAGCGCCUAAAAUUAAUUAAAAUAUAAAAAUGAAAAUUAUUUUCUUGUUUAAGAAAUGUUAGUUUCUUUUUUGGAAAUAUAAUUUUGUAAGACAAA